AUGGAGAGACGCACAUCGAGGGCUGAGGAGGACAGAGCAGAGAGGAGAGUGCGAUUCCGCGUCGCGUCAGCGCAUAGCGGUCGCGUCCUGAAGGAGGUGUUCAGAGAGGACGCGCUGGAGGACUCCGCUGAAACAGACACUACUGUCAGUUCAGAGCCGGAGCGCGCCAGCUCGCCCGUCUUCAGUGAGGCCAACAGCCAUCUGUGUGGCCUUGUCGGACUAGAACCGGACGACAGCGGCAGCGAACCGGACGAGCUGCUCAUGUACGCGAGUGCUGCGAAGAAUAAACAUUUCACUGGAAAACGCGUGAACAUCUUCAGUAAGAAUGGAACUGUACGGGGCGUGCGAGACAAAGUGAGCGCGGGACAGGUGUUAUUUAACAACCUCUCCAAAAUGUAUGGGGAAUCUCUUAUUUUGAACCAGCCAAAAAGACCACGAGACUUUGCCUGAAAUCGGCUACUGGAUGUCCUGCAGCAGAUCACGGGGUCACAAGGUGUUAACCUGGGAGAAUGUGCAACGGGAUUCAGUGUGCGUGGAAGCAAUGAACA